AUGAAGGAUAUUUUUUGUUCACUGGGGAUGCUGUUGCGAUUACGACCAAGUCGGGGUUUUAUUUUACUAAAACGCUGGGUUUCCGUCAAACUUGAGAAGUCUCCGGAACCAAAGUUCAGUCAGUCUGCUGCAUUCCAGGGACGAAAGCGUGGUGCUGGUGUUGCACAACCAGCUUUUAAGUUCGACUACUACAGUAGCGACGAAUUUGGUACGAAAAAACUGAUCUCAAUUCUCGGAAGUCUUGUUGUUUUCGUCCUGUACUUCGGAUACUUGAGAGAGCCAUCCGAUUUGGAUGAGAUAUGGAACACACCGCCGCAUAUCCUCACAGCUAACUUGGAGCGAAAAAUGCUCCGUGACCAAAUCAGGGAGGCUGAAGCAAAAAAUCAGGAUACUACAUUAUUGAAAGCACAACUAGAAUAUGUAGACGUCAAAGAAGCAGCCCUCCGGAUACAGUUCCAAGCAAAAGAGAACAAGAAAGCGUCACUUUGA